CCCAAAAUUCCCAAAAAUACCAAAAAAAACUUGCAAAAUUCCCCCAGAAAAACCCCAAAAUCCCCAAAUUUCUUCCUCUCAGCCAUGGCCUUCCUCACCUACAUCCUCCUGGCUGGCCUCGCUUUGGGCACCCAAAACAGAUUUUCCCCGGACAGCCUGGGGCUGGUGGCCAGCUCGGCGCUGGCCUGGCUGCUGCUGGAGGUGCUGAGCGUCCUGCUGAGCCUUUACCUGGUCACCGUCAGCACCGACCUCACCCCCAUCGACCUCGUGGCCUUCGCGGGAUACAAAUACGUGGGAUCCGGACUCUGCGGCUGAAGCUGCUCUCGGAGGCGGCGGCCGA